CCUAGGGGCCCGAUAUGUCAUAAUCCGUCUAUGGAGAACAGGACAUGCUUGAGGAUAUGAUCCAGACAGGCAGUACACCCCCCCUCGCCCCCAUCCACGGGCCGGCCCCCCUGAGCAUCAUGGUUUUCCCCAACCGGCUGUUUGUGGGGCGCGUCGACUGCCGGACCACAGAGGAAGACAUCUGGCGGUUCUUCUCCCGCCAUGGAGCGGUGAAGGAAGUCAACAUCGUCUUCAACCACUUGGGCCUGUCCAAGGGCUACGGCUUCGUGACCUUUGACUCCCAGGUGGACGCCCGGAGGCUGCUGGAGAUGGCUCCCAGUCUCCUCUUCCAGGGUCGUAAUCUGCUCGUGGCCCCGGCCGUUCGCAGACUUUCCCGCCGGCAGAGAAGUGGAUGCGAGGCAGACCGCGCCCAACGCGUCCUUCACCUGACCACUCCCAGCGGACACCCCUACACCUUCUGCAACGGGGUGGCCUACUUCAGACGGCUGGAACCGGGGCCCCCGGCACACUGCGGUCCCACUGUGGCCCCCCAUGGACACUACGGUCCCACUGUGGCCCCCCAUGGACACUACGGUCCCCUCGUCGUGGCCCCCCACGGUCCCUACGGUCCCACUGUGGCCCCCCCGGCACACUACGGCCCCACUGUGGCCCCCCAUGGACACUACGGUCCCACUGCGGCCCCCCACGGACACUACGGUCCCCCCUAUCAGUUUAUGGAGCAGCUGGUCCAACCGGCCUUCUGCCAGAUCUACCCCCAGAGCCCUGUCGGAGUGUGUGCCCACCAUGAGUACAGAGAAGAAGAAUCUGACCGGGUUCAACCCGUUCCCGCCGGGGGGUUGGUUCGGCCGCCGCCUCAGAGGGCGGACCCUGACGACGCGAUUAGCCAGCGAUCAGACCCCCGACAGUGA